CCCGCGCAAGUUGUUGUUGUGUCCUUAGAAAGGCCCAUUCGCUUUCUUGAUAAAUUUUGCAGAUCGUUAGAUGCUUAAUUUUCUGUCGCGUGAUACUUUAAGCUCUUAAUUUUCCUCCCAUGUACAAAGUAUAAAUGCAAUCAAACUGAAAGUGAUCUGAAAAAUGGCAACUGGAGACAUGAGGAUUUCUCAGUCCGCCAUUACGAAUUGCUCAGAGACAAAACGAGUUCAUUUGAUGGCCUGUGAGGUAGAUCAUGAUGGGGAAGCUCAGGUAUCAGAUUAUUUCGAUCCAACUGUGCGAGACGAAGGUACAAGCUCGGGGGUGCAAAAUGGCGAAUCAGCCCUUAGUGCAUCCUUUAGAGGGCGUGGUCUGAAGGGAUGUGUCCUUAACAUACCCACAGGGUAUUCUGGGUUUGUGAUGAAAGAAGGAAGAAGACCUAUCACUGAUGAGGAGGAUCGAGUGAUGAAAGCCACUCAUAAGUUUUCACAGUUCACCUACUGGAAUUUAGAGACUCCAACCUCAAAUAAUGAUGCUAUUGUGAAAGCUAUGCAAUGGAUAAAUAUUGCCUCUGCACUUCAUGGUGCUGAGGUGGACAAUGAGAAUGCCACUCCAGAAAACAUCAGAUGAUAUGGAACAAUAAUGGGUUAUUAUUGAACAACUUAGAGCAAAGAGCGGUACUGAUAAUGACUGAUUGUCAUCUAAAGUAAAUAUAAAAUUCGGCAAUAAGCUUGGUUAGUUAGAAAAAAUGCAUUUUUCAGGUUUUAGUGUAUUCAAUUUCUAAAAGGAAGACUGGACUAAUUCUGAAACUCUUUAGUUGUUGAGCAUUUCCUUUAUUCCUAUGACUGUAAUGGUUGAUUCAGCAGUGAUACUGUUCAUAGGAAUUGGUUGCUAGUCACCUUAGGGGCGGAGGCUUUAAGUCAUAACCAAAAACACAGAACUCAUUUCACAAAGGAUCAAACCUGCAUGUACUAACCUGCAGCCUAGCUGAAGGUCGUGUGGUAGCUAUCUGGACCCUCCUAUCAAAUAAUUAUAAAUCUCUGCAAGUGUACAUGUUCAGUUUGGGACCAGAGGAAGGGGGUAAUCCCCAUCUCCUUUUUUUUUUUUUUUUUAAUUUUUUUUAUUAACAUGAACAGGGACCCUAUAAACACAUCACCUUCCCAUUUAUAAUGUGUGCUCAGCCUUGAACACUCACAAGUAGUUAUUUGAAUACCAGCAAUGCAGGCUAGGCAAAAAAAAUACUUAUUGCUGGUGAUCAACUUUAGGUGAAAACAGGUACGCAGAUGCUGAUGCAAAUUCUGAAAAGCUUCAAAAAAUACCCCAGGGUAGUUUAUUUAAUCUUCUCAACUGUUUUUCAUUACCAACAAAGUGUUUCAUUUGCCUGCUGCCACAGCACAAGACUUUCCUCAGAAACUAAUCAAUAAAAACACCAGACAGUAUAAUUAUGGAGUGUGUUGCAGAUUUAUUAAGAACCCAGCAGUAAUAUUUAGCAGUAAAUCUUUUCAAACAUCUAAAACCAAGAAUGACAAAAAAAUAAUAAAAGUCUCUUUCUAUGAAAUGCUUAACCCUUUAACUCCCAAGAUAUCAUCACUAACUCUCCUUACUGCCUCCCACACAAUUCUUAUGAUGUUAGUUUGGAGAAUUUGGUUUUGGAGAAAGGGUUAACUGAUACAGAAGCCAAUAAUAAUGCUUAACUCUUUCACUCCCAAGAUCCCAUUAGUAAUUCUCCUUACUGCCUCCCACACAAUUCAUAUGAUGUUAGUUUGGAGAAUUUGGUUUUGGAGAGAUCUGUCUUGGUCACUCAUGGGAGUUAGAGGGUUACCUGGUACAGAAGCCUGUAACAUUGCACCAUACAAAAAAACUAUUUUGUUGAUUUAACUUCAUCCGUUAAAACUCUAGAAUUUACUUUUAAACCUAACAAGAAUGCUAUUGGACAAGUUUAGCAAUUGAGAAAUGGUGAAAUUAAGCACUUUUUGCAAUCCUGCACUUUUAUAUUAUCCCCAAACUGUCCCAGACUUGGCAUUCCAAAACACUUAGAAACAACAAUCUUCGUGGAAGUUUUCUACACAAAUUAUUUUCUUGGAUGAAUUAUUUAAAAGCCAACAGAAAUAUAAUAAGCCCCAUAUUUACCAUCUACCUCAUUUGGUAAUACUCUUGUAAAAUGUCACUACUCCACAAUAGAUAUUAUUUUUGUAGCUGUUGAAUCCUAUUACACAAAUAAACCUUCAUAUUUUCUUGUGUCAAA